AGUUGCGUUUGCUGGAAUUUGUUGUAAAUAAAUUUAAAUUAAAAUAAAUAGCAAAAUAUGCUGCGUUUAAGUACACAAAUGUGCCGGCAAGGUGUCUGGGCAUUGUCGCGGCUGCCCAGCAGCAGAAAUGCACUACAAACGGUCACCAGAAAGAUGACACAACAGCGGGCGCCGGCAGACUGGACCACAAGCAUUCGCACAGAGCCCAAGGAAAAGGACAAGAUUACAGCUCUUGGCUGGUUUCUGCUGCUCAUACCCGCCACCACAUUUGGCCUGGGCUGCUGGCAGGUGAAGCGCAAGAUCUGGAAGGAGCAGCUAAUAAAGGAUCUGCACGAGCAGCUGAACAUGGCAGCAGUAGAACUGCCCGAAAAUCUCGCUGACUUGUCACACAUGGAAUAUCGCCUGGUGAAGGUGCGCGGACGCUUCCUGCACGACAAGGAGAUGCGCAUGGGGCCGCGUUCGCUCAUACGUCCCGAUGGUGGGGAGACACAGGGCGGUCUAUUCUCCCAGCGUGAUGCUGGCAAUGGUUACUUGAUUGUGACACCCUUUCAGCUGUCGAACAGGGAUGACAUUGUGCUGAUAAAUCGCGGUUGGGUGUCCCGCAAGCAUGUGGAUCCGGAAACGCGCGCCCUCGCCCAACCCCGAACGGAGGUGGAGCUCACGGCUGUGGUGCGUCAGGGUGAGGCGCGUCCACAGUUCACGCCCGACCACAAGAGCGCCAAUAUGUAUCUGUAUCGGGAUCUGCCACGCAUGUGCGGGUCCAGCGGCGCGGCACACGUCUUCCUGGAUGCCGUCUACGAUCCGCAGGCGAUGAGUGGCGGACCCAUUGGUGGCCAGACGCGUGUGACACUGCGCAACGAUCACAUGUCGUAUUUGGUGACAUGGUUCAGCCUGUCGGCAGCCACCUCCUUCCUGUGGUACCGCCAGAUUGUCAAGCGUUUGGCCUUCUAAGAGGGAAGGAAGGAACGAGCCUUUUGUUGUUAUUAUUUGUAUAAAAUUUACAUGCUCUCGUGUAAAUGCUUUGCCUUUUUAAUGAGCCAUAUACAGCUAAUGUGCUUAUG